AUGAACCUCCUUUUCUUCUUCUACCCCCUUUGCGUCUUCCUUCUUCCUCUUCGCGAUGUCCCUAUGCUUCUUCCUCUACCCACUAUCCUCUGCCUUCUUCCACAACGACUCCAUGACCUACUUCUUCAAGUUAUGACUCCACAGCUUUUGGAAAUGGAUCUGAGCUUCUCUUGUCCAGUUGCUAAAAUUCCAGGGACAUCUGCUCUUCAAAUUGCACUCUGCAAAGAAAUGAGAGUUGAGGUAAGGCUUGCAGCACUUCUAAUGGAAAAUAAAGAGUUUUCAGAAGUUUUGACUUUACUCUCCAGCUCGGUCAAAGAGGUUAGAAGAUUAGAUGACAAGCUUCUACUUGUAGACAUAGAAUUGCUGGAAAGUAAGCUACACUUCUCAUUAAGGAACCUUCCAAAGGCAAAAGCUGCACUCACAGCAGCAAGAACAGCUGCAAAUGCUAUUUAUGUGCUGCCGGCACAGCAAGGUACCAUAGAUCUACAGAGUGGAUUACUGCAUGCUGAGGAGAAGGAUUAG